AUGCUACACUUCAUCGCGAUUGGGAUGUUGAUUCCUUUAGUAGCUAUGUUCUACUUAAGAAGAACCCAAAAAGCCGAGCGAUUUUAUGCUGGGAAGUAUAAGAACCCUUAUUUAGAGAAGUAUUUCGAAGCAGACUCUGAUUCUUCACCAGUUGAACAGUAUAAAGUCUUAGGACAAGCUGCGGCUUAUCUAUUGAAUUAUGAGGAAACAUUGGAAGAAGAAUCCAAAGUUGUUAGUCAGUUAUUUUAUAUGCGUAUGAUUGGUAAUCUACUUUGGACCGACCUUAAAACGGCCAAAGAAGAGAUUGAAUUUGAAAAGUUAUCGAUUGAAGCCGAACUAGGCCGAUUUGCAAAGAUAGCCAAAAGCAUUGAGGUUCCUAAGGUUGAAAAGAAGACUGUUUUGGUAGAUGUAUAUCCAGAGGACAAUUCUGAUUUGAAAAGAGCCCUAUAUAAGAGGUGUAUGGAAAAGAGGGCCAAUGAAUAA